UUGUCCCGCCCACAAGCAGGAUUUCAUUGGAUGUUACAAUUCACCUUCCCCAGUCCAUAAAUUCUAUUGGUAUAUUUUGCUGUCGCUCACAUUUCAGUCAACAUGUUAGGUUGAACCACAACUGACAGGAUGGAUGCGGCUACUCUUACCUAUGAUACACUACGAUUUGGGGAGUUUGAAGAUUUCCCAGAGACACCUGAGCCUGUCUGGGUCCUGGGGAAGCAGUCCAAUGCUCUGCUAGAGAAGGAUGAGAUUCUGUCAGACAUUACUUCACGCUUGUGGUUCACCUACAGAAAGAACUUCCAGGCGAUUGGAGGAACAGGACCUACGUCUGACACAGGAUGGGGUUGCAUGCUGCGAUGUGGACAGAUGAUUCUUGCUGAAGCAUUGCUUCGCAGACACUUGGGUCGUGAGUGGAGAUGGGUGAGAGGUCAGCAACCAAGAGAAGAGUAUUUGAACAUCCUCAAUGCCUUCAUAGACAAGAAGGACAGCUACUACUCUAUUCACCAAAUAGCUCAGAUGGGAGUAGGAGAGGGCAAGUCCAUAGGCCAGUGGUAUGGCCCAAAUACAGUGGCACAGGUACUCAAGAAACUGGCAGUGUUUGACACAUGGAGCAGAUUGGCAGUUCAUGUGGCCAUGGACAACACUGUGAUAAUCGAGGAAAUCAAGAAGUUGUGUAUGCCAUGGUUGGACUUUGAGAGGGGAGGGUGCACAGACCCUUUGGAGAUGAACGGGUGUAUGGAGGGUGCAUGUGCCAUGGCUUUGGAGGACUCAGCUGUGUGGAAACCACUUGUGUUGCUCAUCCCCCUGCGCCUGGGCCUCACUGACAUCAACGAGGCCUACAUUGAAACUCUAAAGCAAUGCUUCAUGAUGCCCCAGUCUUUAGGAGUUAUUGGUGGAAAGCCGAACAGCGCGCAUUACUUUAUCGGCUUUGUUGGUGAGGAGCUCAUAUACCUGGACCCUCAUACAACUCAGCCAGCUGUAGAGCCUUGUGAAUACGGAGAAAUUCAAGACGACUCCUAUCACUGCCAGCACCCGCCUUGUCGCAUGCACAUCUGUGAGCUCGACCCAUCCAUAGCUGUUGGAUUCUUCUGUCAAACAGAGGAUGACUUUGAUGAUUGGUGUGCACAUAUCCGAAAAUUAUCAAGCUGUAGAGGUCUUCCCAUGUUUGAACUUGUAGACAGUCAGCCAUCACAUUUGAUCAACACCGAAGCCAUUAAUCUCACUCCCGAUUUCUCAGACUCGGACCGGCUUGAGCGUUUCUUUGACUCUGAAGACGAGGAGUUUGAGAUCCUGUCUUUGUGAGGAUGAGAGACAGAGAGAGAGAGGAAGAUUGUUCAACAUACAGAACUCAGUGCCACGCUCCCAGAGAGGAGUCGUACACUGACAUGAGGCCUGCCUAGCAUUUGGUGGCAUAGUCACCUGUGUAAAACUCAGCUUCCUGCUACACUGACCACUCUCUGCGUCAUUCUGGGUCCUGAGGUCAGAGGUCAUCGCCACAGACUCUGAAGAGUCUCAGUAUGUUCAUAUUAACACUCAACAUGUAUCCAUUUUGAGUCUUAACACUUUUUGUUAUAAAGUGACUGUGCCUUUUUAUGCGCCUACACUAAUUCAGAUUUGCCAUAACUCACUUUCGGUGGUCAGGAGCAUGGCUCCUCACAGUAUGUUAAUGACCUACACUGCUUUGAUGUCUGUAGCAAAUUGUAAAUGAAAACCAAGAUGUAAAGCUUACAGACCAAGUAGGUUAGCUUGUGUGCUACAGUACAUUUAUCAAUGUUUAGAAUAUCUGUACACAAGAUUAUUUUAAGAUUAUUUAUUUAAUCAAUUGUACAAAAGCAAAAAUAAAAAUAAACAUUAUACACACUGUCCACUUUAUUAGGAACACCUGUACACCUACACAUGUAUGCAGUUGCCGAUUUAAUCAGCCAAUCAUGUAUGUAGCAGCAGCAACAAUACAAAAAUUAUGCAGAUAGAAGUCAACAGCCUCAGUAAAUGUUCAUACCAGAAUGACUGGUCUGAGCUUCUUUUUUUUCCCCUGCUGAUUUUUUGGGGAAUUUCACAUACAGCAAUCUCUAAAGACUUUACACAGUCUGGUGCAAAAAUAAGUCUGAAAAAGAAAAUAAGAAAAAAGCUGCCAGGAAGUCCAUAGUAACUUAAUUACUCUCUACUGUGAUGUCUUACUGAAGCUCUUGACAAGUAUUUGCAUGAUUUUAUGCAUUGUACUGAUGGCACACAAUUGAAUGGCUAGAUAACCGAAUGGUCGUGCAGAUGUACACGUGUUAAGUGGAUAGUGAGUGUACAUAAAAUCGCAAAAUAUUCAUUUAAUAAAAAGGAGAAUUUAAGAAGUAGUGUUACUUCCAGGCAAUGUCUGUACAAGUAUACAGGUGAUUAAAAAAUGUGGUUAUAUUCAUGGUAAGCCACUAAUUCUCCUUACUGUUCAUUUCCAGAGUUCUCCAAUUGGUAGAUUCUCAGAUGUAUUGAUUAUGUUCUCGCACAGCACUUUAAUUUCACUAUGUACAACUUCUAUGCUUCUGGCUGCAUCAAUCACCUGAAAAAUGUGAACAGACCAAGAGAAGAUAAUUUCGAUGAACACUGUAGCAACAUGUAUUAAAGAUCUUCACAUGUAGCUAAAUGUCAGGAUUAAAAGAACAUUAAUCUUCUCAUGUUACAUAACAUUUGUUAACCCAGCAUUACAUAUGUAAGGAUUCUGAAGAUCCACAGUGUGUUUUUCCCCCCUGGCAUUGCAAUACCGCUAAGCAUGCAUUACACAAGAACAUCAGACAACCAAAUACCUAACGGGAAAGUAUCAUGGACUGACGUACUCAGUUCCAUCACUUUUCAUCCUUUUGUGUGUCUUAUUCUACAAUGGAUGAAUGUCAAUAUGCAUCCAUUUAAACAUCAAUUUAAAUCCAUGAUAAUCUCCACAAUAAAGAACUUAAAAAGA